GCAGCCGGGCGGCGGGGGCCACUGGACGGGUGCAAUGUGAAGGGGUCGGGAGAGACUGGGACACAGCCUUUAACCGCGUGGGAGGGAGGGUUUAACCAUUAACCACCAUUAACCAUUAAGGCAGCUGUGCAGAGCCGGUACCGUACAUAAGGCGUGCACACCGGCGUCCACGCCUCAGCCUGAGCGCGUUACCAAGAGCUGGAGGAUACAUGCAGCCAGCCACACAGAGUCUCUGUGCUCUCACUGCUCAUCACUCCGGUUUGUCCGCUUCUCCUCUCUGGACCGCUGACACCAAAAGGUGACUGUCCACUCUGGUUGGGAAGUUACUUUUCUGCAACUGGUAAUUCAAUCCUCGGACUGCAGACCUUUAAAUAUCUCCCUUGAAAACCUCCCAGCAGCCACGUGGUGUAAGGUGAGACAUUCCCAGCCCGGUACACUGACCAGUCUGACAUGAUCAGUGGACUGAGAGCGUGACCAGUCUGCACUGCAAUCUUUCCACUUCAGACCUGUGAUUUCAGCUUUUUACUGAACUUUGAAGGACUGUUUUACAAGUGACUGGAGGGGAUUUCUGUGGUGAGUCCCCGAGCACAUUGUUUUCCUCUCUCAUCUGCGUUGAACCAUUAUGCUUUCUUCUUUUUUUUGUCGGCCCACCGUGAGCACCUUGCAGUGAAUGGAGAACAUACUGGUUCUGCUCCCGAAGCACCGACAGGAACACGGGCUCUGCAGACACACGGCUGCAUGUGCCUUGCUGCAGGUUUUUUCUUACAGAGCAGUUUUCUCCUGGUCUUUAAUAGCGACAUCCACUCCCUGUAAACCUCUUUAAUGGGAUAAAUCAAUUGGACUGAUCAGGUUCAAAACCAGAUCAGGUAAAAAAAAUCCAUUCUGACUUCCCUAAAACUGUUAGGCCAAGGCAAGCUGACCUUUCUUUGUCAAGCCCACUGUCUAUCAAAGGCUUCCGCAUGGUACUUUGGUUGAACGAACAAGACAAACUCCCCGACAUCGACAUGUCUUCCGGGGCCAUUGAAAUUAAGAAGGAGGGAGGCCCCCUGACGCCAGCCUUCCUCAACUCCAACUGCUCUGUCCUCCCGGUAAUCCUCACCAAAGACCCAGAGGAGGUGAGCCCAGGGACCGGGAAUGAGUUUGAGCUCACAGAAGUCACAGCUUUUGCGGAAAGGACCGGUGAGACUGGGGAGGAUGAGGAGAGGUCGGAGAUUGUGGUGGCGAUGGACUGCCGGGCCAACGCCAAAGGUCAGCGGGAAGAGGACGCUCUCCUGGAGAACGCAAGCCAGAGCAACGAGAGCGACGACACCAGCACCGACCAGAGCCCCGAACCACCGGCGCCACUCAAGGAGACCUCCUUCUCCAUUGGUCUGCAGGUGGUGUUCCCCUUCCUGCUGGCUGGGUUCGGGACAGUGGCAGCGGGAAUGGUGCUAGACAUCGUCCAGCACUGGACAGUGUUUACGAAGGUGUCGGAGGUGUUCAUCCUGGUUCCAGCGCUGCUUGGGCUCAAAGGCAACCUAGAGAUGACGCUGGCCUCCAGACUUUCCACAGCGGCCAAUAUUGGUCAGAUGGACACAGCCAAGGACAUGUGGAAGAUGAUCAUGGGGAACUUGGCCCUCAUCCAGGUCCAGGCCACAGUGGUGGGGUUCCUGGCCUCCAUAGCUGCCGUGAUCUUCGGCUGGAUCCCAGAGGGGCACUUCAGGAUGGGCCAUGCAGUGCUGCUGUGCGCCUCCAGUGUGGCCACCGCCUUCAUAGCCUCUCUGCUGCUAGGGCUCAUCAUGAUCGGUGUGAUCAUCGCAUCCAGGAAAGUCGGCAUCAACCCCGACAACGUGGCAACACCCAUCGCUGCCAGCCUGGGAGACCUGAUCACCCUGUCCCUGCUGGCAGGCAUCUCAACAGGACUGUACAAAGAACUAGAGUUCAAUGACUAUGCCAACCCGCUGGUGUGUGCAGUGUUUGUGGCCAUGUGCCCCCUAUGGGUGCUGAUAGCCAGGAAGAUCCCAUCCACCAGGGAAGUCCUGUACUCCGGCUGGGAGCCGGUCAUCAUCGCAAUGGCGAUCAGCAGUGUUGGUGGUCUGAUCCUCGACAAGACCGUCACCGACCCGAACUUUGCUGGCAUGGCCGUCUUCACCCCGGUCAUCAACGGUGUGGGAGGUAACCUGGUCGCGGUUCAGGCCAGUCGAAUCUCCACCUAUCUUCACAUGAACGGUCUACCCAUGGGGGAUCCCAACCCCACCCCCAGGAAGUGCCCCACACCCUGCACCUCCUUCUUCGGCUCCACUGUGAACUCACGUUCGGCCCGUGUGCUCUUCCUCCUGGUCGCCCCGGGUCACCUCGUCUUCCUCUACACCAUCAACUCCCUGAGGGGGGGGCACACCACCCUAACACCCAUCUUCAUCUCCUUCUACCUGGCUGCUGCUCUACUCCAGGUGAUGAUCCUCCUCUACCUGGCAGACUGGAUGGUCCACUGGAUGUGGGGCCGAGGCAUGGACCCCGACAACUUCUCCAUCCCCUACCUGACCGCGCUGGGUGACCUGCUGGGAACUGGCUUCCUCGCCCUCUGCUUCCACAUGCGCUGGUUCAUCGGGGACAGAGACUCGAACGUGGGCAACUGAAUGCAUGCACAGACACACGCACAAAAAAACAAAAAACAAAACAAAAAAAAAAAACUACUUCUCAUACUGUACGCUUGCACGCACGGACAGCAACGAACAUGACCCAUUAUCUGAAACUGGAAGAUGUCUACAUUAAAAGGGCUAAUCUCCUGUAGGGCUCUGAUUGAUGAUAUAGUGCACUUAGAGGACUGUAGAGUUUCAUCUUCAGGAUGUCGGGACGCUGAUGCACCACAGCAGCAGCCGCCCAGAAUCCAGACACUAUCUGUGUUUCACCUUAUCUCCAACUCAACCACCCAACAAAACUCCACCUGAUGGAUCCGGCCCCAUAGACUCCACUACUCCUCCUUUAUUCUACUUAAUAACUCAGUCCUACUACUUUUGUUAUCAUUAUACUAUUGACAAUGAUUAUUGUUGUUGGUAAAUAAUGAAUUUGAUAUGAUUCGAUAUCUGUUCUAUGUGAAGGGUCAGUCCUCAUUAUUUUCAAUGGGGACUUUUGCCCUCCUGUUUUUAAAGAUCAACUUUUAACACUUGAAACCAAGAUGACAAAAAGACAGCAAAAAAAUAUAUCCAAACAAGCCUAGAAUGCUUAAUCACCAAGUGCUAUGUCAUAUAAACAGAAUAUUAUAUGAAAUCUAAUGUGUUUCACUUUUGAUUUAGAAGUGUACAUAAGGCUAGCUGUUCUCUCUGUUUUACUUUGGUCUUGUGACAGAAGGAAACAGGCUUGGGGAGGGUUUACUACAGGAGCCUGGACUGCAAACAUAACAAGCUACAGCGGUCUUGGCUCCCAUCAACAGAUAGCUUAAUUUCAGUAGGAACGGGCAGGAAAUCAAGGUUGUAAUUUCCGCGUUUACUCCCUCGCAAUCCACGGCUUGAGGAAUCUGGGAUCAGAUCACAGUCUGAGAAACGUUUAAACGUCAGACACUACAAGAAAAGAUUUACCUCUGAUUCUCUUAGAGGAGAAUCAUUUAAUUAAUCCCUGUUUCUGUUAGUGAGGAUUGUUUGUUCAUUCACACAAUAGUCAAACCUCCUCUAGAGUUCACAGAGGUUACAUUACUUUUAUUUUUACCAAUUUUACUACUAAAUAUUACAGUCGUGAAAUGUCCUGUUACUUUCAUUAAAAAGUGAGCAAACACACAGAAACAGUGGAAAAUAGUAUGUUGAAAAUGGCCAGACAGCUGUGGGUUCGGAAGGAAAACGCACACACCUCACUCUUUGUUGCAUCUCACUAUGUUUUUUUUUGUUUUGUUUUGGUUUUUUUUUUUGUGGAUGCCAAGAGAGGUAUUAUUUUGCGCAAGAUGAGAAUAGCACCAGUCCCCCUGUCUGAAACCAUCUGCCAACUCUCUACUGGAGCAGUUGUUGUAGUUGUGUUGCCCAAGCCGGGCUUACAGUAAGUGACAAGAGGCUCAACAUGCUGCAAAUGGACUGAAGCAAACCUGCAGAGCUUACCCAGCUGAACAGCAUUUGUGUUCACACGUGGAUACAGGGUGUGGAGUUGCCUUAGCAUGCUCAGGGGAGGAGCUCACUUGGGUUCAGCUAGCACAGUCUGAUUCCAGAGAGAAGGUACUGAGUGCUGGUGUUUUCUGUGGAGGUUUAGGUUUAGCAUUGCAUUUAGACCAUGUUGGACCGCUGAAUCUUUCCCAUGAAAGACGGGCUAAUGACGUUCUUUGAGGUUGGUUAACGGUUAGGUCACAUGAUCAGACAGGAAGUUGUGACGAACCAUUUUAGUUGUUCAGUGUCGGUAUUGGUUUUUCAUUUGGUAGCCUUUAGAUUCAGAUUCAUCAAAAGAUCAGCACAGUUCUUAAAGCUGUCUGACAGCCCAGUUUUACAUUUUCAAAAUUUCUAAAUCAGUUUACGCCAAUAGGGUGAAGCAAAACUUCUCAAAUAUUUUGCGUGGAGUUCAACUCAAGUGAACUUAACCAGUACAAAAAUGUCUUGAGAGUGCUGACUGUUGAGGGACCAGAGGGGAGAGUACAAAAUGGAGGUAGCUAUCGUAGCUUAUUAGCUUUAUUGCACCUUCCACUUUUAUCUGCCCCUCCUCUGCUGGAGUAUAAACUGAUCCACAUAAGAGGAAAGGUCUGUAGACAGUUAUGAAACAGGAGUCGAUGGUAGAAAGACAUCUUUUAAAUAAACUGUGUAAACUUACUUUCCCAUUAAUGACCAAACGUUCUCUAAGCUAACGAGGUUCCUGUCAGUUAGCAAGUCUCGUUAGCUUCCAUCCCCCUCAGAAACUCUGUAUUGAAGGAAAUGUUGACAACAAAAUGCUAGGGGGAGUUAAAGACACAGUACAGAGAAAAUAUAAACUGGAAGAGCUGCUCUGACUGACUAACUCAGGCUUAUUUCCAGCUUGCUAAUGUAUUAGCUUGUUUCCAGCUUGCUAAUGUAUAAUUUGCACAGAGCUAUUGCGUAGAGUUCAACUUUGAUGAAUUCUGGCACGUGGAUUCAAACCGUUGACCAUCUUAAUAGUGCUAUUUAUGUAGUAUUCUGAGGCUAGCUAACAUAUUAGUUGUAAAUACACCAAGAAAUGUUAUACUUUCUGCUCUUUAGGUGUAUAAACUGCUGCACAACAGAGCUGCAGUCUGUGGUGAGUUGUAGACAGAAUUCAAUGGUAAAAAUACUGUGUCCGGACAAAUUAAUUUUGCAUUGGUAGUUUCUGGUGUGACAUCACAGGUUACUAUAAAAUAAUGGAAUUAGUUUUUUCUCAUUAUACAUAAAAUAAAAACACACAUGCACACACACACACACACACACACAAUCUAUCUUCCACCAGACUCAGCUGAACCAAGCUGGCUCUCUCUUUGAGAGCGUAAGGUGAGGAGGAGAAUGAAAAAGGAAGUCGUGAGCCAUCUUGACAGAUGUUGACCCAGAGGCAAAGCCAGGUGUCUUAUAGGAGAAACCUGCAUGUGAUGCUUGACUUAUCCGGCGCUUGUCAGACUUCUGUGCUGUUUCGAAGGGGCCAGCAGAAUGCAUGUGCAGGGCACAUAGUGUGAAUGUGCAAAAAACUUGAUUGUUGUGUCUGUCAAAAUGAUUUUUCUUUUUUUUUUUGGUCUGACUGAUUUUUUUUUUUUAUUGUAUUGAUUCUGUUAAAAUUGUGAUUUUUAUCCCUUUCCUCCUUUCCUUAAUCUUUUUAACUCUUGAUGAUUAUUGUUUUGUGUAAUGAAUUUCAUCAAGCAAACAACCACUGUAAAGAUGAAACAACUUCUGUGACGCUGGUCAAAUGCACAAGUACUGUAAUCUGCAAAAUGGACAGCAGAGGGCACCACAGGGAUUCUCUUAACUGUACAACUUCUCUGUGUAUCUCUGUGUCCCCUGGAUUCAAACCCACACAUAUCCACUCUAAGUGACAUUCAUCUUGUCUUCUUUUCUACAGCGUUUACUGUGUUGUAGAAGUUACAUCCUUCCAUCUGUAUCCUCCACUCUCUCUUACUGACCAGGUGCCAGCGUUCUGCCUCUAUGUCAAUGGAAAGUUGUGAAUACUUCUAUAAGGGGGCAAGUGAGUUUGUCUAUUUAUUUUUAGAAGCACACAAAGCAAAUUGUACAUACUAUAUUUAUUCUAUAUAUAAGGUUGUUUAUUUUAUCAUUUCAUUUUGGCUCAGUUUCUUUAUCACCAUGUUCCUGUCAUUUUUCUCUUCUCUUUAAUGUGUUUUUUUUUCUUUGCAAAAAGCCAGUAGAGCUUUUUGUUGCUUGCCGCUAUAGAACGGCGGCGAGGCUAAUGAAUAGCACAGUGCCUAAUACCAGUCUUUAUACACCUCACACAUAUGCACACACACCCUGUCUCGCACAGGGAAAGCAUACUUAUAAGACAUAGAAAAAGGCCUUAACCUAUCAGAGCCAAGCUCGACUCAGAGUAACCAAUCAGGAGCUAGGUUUUGCCACAGAGUAGCGUCUCUUUAAUUAUCUUUGAUUAAUAAAAGAUGUACAGUGAGUUGAUUAUGAUGUGUAAUGUAAUAAUGACUUUAUAUGAUGUAGCGGUGGAGAGGAGGGCUGGUCACAUCAGUUACAAGCUUUUGUUCAUGUGAAUCUGCAAAAAUGAGGACGAGGGGGAGUGCAAAAACCAGCAGGUUGGAUUUUACAGGGCACCUGAAAGGUCUGGAAUCAAAUUGAGCACCAGUUGAAGUGAGAUAUCAACCCACAAACACAACAGAAAACAAGUACAAAAUGACAAGAUACAGUGUCACACCUUCUUAUGAUUCCAGAUGUUUCCCCUAGUAUAUAACAUACCCAGCCUUUAAAACCCUUCACCCACCUACUGCCUUGUUAACCUCAGUGCUUCGAACCCUUGAACCCCUGAACUCACAGGGAACCACGCUGACCCUCAGGCUGCCAACAUCCACGUCAAGAUCGAGGCUUCGAUUCAGACUCUAAAUAUCCAACUGUCCCAGUCAGUUAUGUUGCCUAUAAGGAGAAACUGAUGUAAAAACAUGUACAGUCUUACUGGGGCUGAGGUCUCCUGAGUUCUCUGUGUGUUCUUCUUGUAAAAGCCCUCCCUCUGUGAGGCUGGAGGAAGGCUUUCUCCCUGCAGGACUUUGUAAAUUGCUGGAAAUAAAGGACUAUAUUAUUUCAUACCAUU